UAUCAUUAAUAGGCAGUGAAAAAGAUAAGGACACUAGACGACCACUUCAGUAUAUGAUUGAUCUCUUUGAAAUCCAGACUUUUUUGUUGACAUAAUCAACCCUUGUAGGUGGUGAGCCCGAUGGAAUGUGCUAGAAGGGGCUUGUGCACAAGAAGGUUAUUCAGACAAUCAAAUAUGCAUUGGAAGUAGGGGAAGUAUUGUGGAUACUGGUAGCAGUGCUUCAACAUCCUCAGGAUUCACAAUUGCUGGUGAUCCUCCACCUGCUUCGCUAAACUAUGGUGCAACCAUAUCUUUACCCAUCCAUCGUUCACCAGACCUUGAGAGCAAGGUUGCCAAUGAAAACUGGAAAUGACGAUCACUCAGAUGUUCAGAGGCCAUCACAAGUGGAGGAUCAAGCAUUGGUACAACAAACUGAAACCACCAGGACUGAAGAAACCUUUGUAACCAUAGAGACAAAUGGCAUUGCAAACAAACCUUUAGAGGUUCCCGAACCUGUUCCAGAAGGCUCUGAUUUGAAUUUGGCUGGAACUGUAAAGGGAGUCAAUUUAGCAGUUUCUCCUGAGGAUAUUACUUUAACUAGAAACACAGGAGGGCUUGAGCCUCACACAGAACAAAUGUCUGGAAACCACGAAAAAGUUGGCAGCUACCGGAGAAGCUACUUUGAUAGUCUUGGAAACGGGAAACCUAUGCUCUGUAGUACAAAUUUUAAUAAAACAAUGGAGUUCGACCCAAUCAAACAGCACAGGCACUUUUGCCCCUGGACCGUGUCUACUGGCAAAUCUGUUCCUGGAUGGCUACAGACACUAUCAGCUUUGGAAGAAAACAAGGAGCUCAGCGCUCAUCUAGUUUGAUAGAGGUAAAAUGAACUACACCCUCACUCAUUAUUAGACUUUUUUUGGCCUUUCUGAAUCGAAGCUAAACCUAUUCAACUGCCAAAUCUGCUUAGAGUUCAUGUGUAUGCGCAUGGCAAUGGAUAACUUAUUUAACAAGAGCAAGGAUAACCCAGUUUUAGUUUCUAAUUUCCUGCUAAAAACCUUAGAAAGUAUUUAAGAUACUUGACCCGCAAUGACUCCUAACAGCACGUGUGUGUGUGUGUGUGUACUUUUGCUUUUUCUAUUGGUGCAUCUUCAUUUGGUGGUGAUAUUAUCCGACUCUGCAGGUGGACGAUCCAGUUGAGUCUGUGAGGACACUAUUCACAUCUCCUGACAAUAAGAGAGCCAAGAUUUGCUAACACUUUUAACAUCAU